AUAUUAAAAUGGUAAUAAUAUAUUAUUAAAUAUUUUACUUUUAAUGUAAAAUAUGUAUAAAUAAAUAAGUGGUGUUACGUAAAUAUAAAAGUGCAAGUGUUUAUUUCAGUGAAUGGAUUACAGAAUUUGCAACAUUAUUAAAGUGCUUUUGUGUAAACUUGAUAGUUUAUAAUAAAUAAACAUUUAAAAAUGGCAAUAUUAAAUUCUUGUUGCUGUUGGAGGUCGGUGAGAAAAGGGAGCUAUGUCUGUGCAAUAUAUACAUUCAUUUAUUUCACCAUAAUGGGAUGUAUGUUGGCAGCAUUUCUACACAAAGAACGUCUGUAUUUAAUGGGUGAAACAGAUGCUCCUGAAAGUUACAGUUUUUUAGAAGAAGAAAUAUCUAGAGCAACAAUGUCCCUGCACAUAGUUUUGGUGGUUGUAUCAAUUUUGGGAGUUAUUUCUUCUAUUUUACUGUUUUUUGGGCUUUAUAAGGAUAUGCGAAUACUUCUUCUUCCUUGGAUAUAUUUAGUUUCUCUUGACAUUGCAUUCGAGUUUUGUCAUUUUAUUUAUUUGGUCAUUCAAGAUUCGGUGUACUUGCAUCCCAUAGCAGGUGUUUUAUACACAGCAGAUUUCUUUGUUUUGUGUUUAAAUACAUAUGCAUUACUCUGUGUGAUUUCACAAUACCAAGAAUACAAAGCUGGUCGAGGCACUGCCAGUGAUGAUUUUGAUCAUUCGAUUCCUUCCCUAAGACUGCAAUAUUUAUCACACCACAAUGCUGCCAGAAAUGCAAAUCAAGCUGGCAGAUCAGUAAUUAUUUUAAAUAACAGUAACGCAGAAACUCAAAUAAAUUCAACAGAUGUAAAUAUACAGCAUUGUAAUUUAAAUAGAAUCAAUCAAGACAGUAAUGCCUUACAUGGAACCACUAAUAUUUCUGUAAUUGGAUUGGAACCAAUGCGUAAUGAUAAAUCUAAGAAUAACAACACAAUAUCUACACAUAGAAAUAAUUUGAAUAAAACUAGAAAAGUUAAGUUUCCUGAUGAAAGAACUGUGAUAGUUUCAGAUGAUCCGAGUCAAAUCGAUGUUGAUAUAGAUAUAGAUAUGGAUACAGCUCGUGACAACACAUCAGAAAUCUCCUCUUGCCAAUGGAAAUCUAACCAGCAUCAACCAAGAUUCGAUGAAGAACCUCUUCUGCACCAUUCACCAGAAGAACAAAGAAGUAUUUUUGAAGGCGAAUAAUAUUUAAUGUUGACUGCAAAUGGAUUUGCAAAAGAUGAUUUAAACUUAGAAAUAGAAAGAUAGCAUCGAGAUAAUCCAGGGAAGCUCUUGUAUCAAGGAAGAGGAAAGUCAAGGAGUAUUUAAAAAAUGGAUUUGUAAAUAUAGAAGAGAAAAGAUUCUAUAAAUAA